ACUCUCGCGAGGUUUCGUCUUCCGGGUGACGCUGGGGACGUCUUCCGAAAACUGCGUGACGAUGUGUGGGGACUGUGUGGAGAAGGAGUACCCCAAUCGGGGCACCACCUGUCUGGAGAAUGGAUCAUUCUUACUGAACUUCGCAGGCUGUGCCAUGUGCAGGAAGCGGGACUUUAUGAUGAUCACAAACAGAUCCCUGAAAGAGGAAGAUGGAGAAGAAAUAGUUACCUAUGACCAUCUGUGUAAGAAUUGUCAUCAUGUAGUAGCCAGACACGAGUAUACAUUCAGCAUCAUGGACGAGUUUCAGGAAUAUACCAUGCUGUGUCUGUUGUGUGGCAAAGCUGAAGAUACUGUCAGUAUUCUCCCUGAUGACCCCCGACAAACGUCUCUGUUGUUCUAAGCCUCCCGUGGUUCUGUUGUAACUGUGUUGGGUUGGUUUAAAAUAUAGCAAGCCUAAUGGCUUGUCUAAUAAUGAAGUUGUUUGUGUGUUUUCUUUUCUGUUUAGACUUCCCUGUUUGGAUGAAAAAGUAAUUUGGGGUACUGUUGUUUCCUUGAGUUGAGUUGCUCUGAUAAAGUCCCCUGUUCACAUUAGCACAGCCAGAGUAAGAUGUCUUUUCUAGUGGUUAUCUGACCAGAACAACUAAAACCAAAGCACUUCUACACUCAGAUCUUGGUUUCCUGUCAAAAGAACCCAGGACUCCUUGCAAAAGUAAAUGACGGAAU